AUGUCAUCACCUCAACGGAAGAGAAAAGAACCGCCCCUGUACACGCUGACUGCAGGAGCUGUCGCCGGCGCCAUCGAAUCUAUUAUCACCUAUCCAACAGAGUAUGUGAAGACACAGUUGCAGUUGCAGGACAACGGAGCUGCUUCGGCCCGCAAUGGAGGCGUCAAAUUCAAAGGACCCAUCGAUGUGUUGGUGACGACGGUGCGGACACAAGGCUUUACGGCGAUCUAUAGAGGACUCUCUGCUCUUGUAAUUGGGACAGCUGCCAAGGCAGGCAUCCGCUUCUUUGCCUUUGACCAGUUCAGAGACAUGCUGAAGGACUCUGAAGGCAAGAUCUCUGCCGGCCGAUCAGUCCUUGCUGGCCUAGGAGCAGGAAUGACUGAAGCCAUUCUGGUGGUAACACCUACGGAGACUAUCAAGACCAAGCUAAUCCACGACGGCAACCUUGCGGUACCAAAGUAUCGGGGUCUGGUUCAUGGCGUGCAAUCGAUUGUCCGGGCUGAAGGCUUUGGAGGCGUAUAUCGCGGUGUUGUUCCUGUCAUGGCCCGGCAAGGCGCCAACAGCGCAGUGCGCUUCGGGGUCUACGCGACAUUGAGCGACAUGGCCAAGGCCCAGACGGGUGAGACCACCUUACCUGCGACUCACACUUUUGGAAUCGGAGCGAUUGCCGGGAUCGUUACAGUCUAUACGACGAUGCCAUUGGAUGUAGUCAAGACAAAGAUGCAAGGACUCAAUGCGCGCCAGCUUUACAAGGGCGCGUUCGACUGCGCAUGGAAGGUGUUCAAGAACGAGGGAGUGUUCGCGUUCUGGAAGGGCGCGACUCCUCGCCUGGCCCGCUUGUCGGUAAGUCAGAAACCGAAGGGAAACCCAUCUAACAAUUUCUAA